AUGGCUAACCCAGAAACACCUGAGGUUGCAGCUGAGCUCAAGGGUGGAGAUGUGGAGGCUCCAGGUGAAUGUAUAGAGGCUCCACUUGCUGGUGGAGGAGAGACCGAAGCCUCACAUGCCAAGGUUGCAGAGUUAGAGCAGGCAAAUCCUGCAGGAGCAGAAAUGGUAAUGGAUGGACAUGAAGAUCUACAAGCUUAUGACACUGCAUCCACUGUUAAUGUCAGUGCCCUGGACAGCCACAAUGACAGCCUGGCUACAGGAAAGAAAACAGGCACUAAAAAUACAGAAAGCAUUACCUGUCGGACAGGAGCCCCCAGCAGUGACCAAGCCAAACCCUGUCCAGCGAUGCCCUUUACUAAAGUCCAGCCUUUCCUAGCAGAUGAGCCGGCAGCAGAGAAGACCCUUCGAGGGUGCUUGCUUGCACGCAGGAUAGACCUCAUGAUCAGUGCAAGUGUGCUACUCGCUGUCACUCUUGUGGUCGCCAUUGGCUUGGGAGUGGGCCUGCGAUGUAUUGGAAAGUUCCAGUGUGGAACAGCACACUGCAUCAGUAGCUCUGCACGGUGUGAUGGACACAUGGACUGCGAGCACGGCGAGGACGAGCUUAGUUGCGUGCGUGUGAGUGGGAAGAGUUCAGUACUGCAGGUGCGGACUGAGGGAGUCUGGAGGACUGUGUGUUCAGAUGACUGGGACCCUGACCUGGGUUCCUCUGCCUGCAAACAGCUGGGAUACUCCAGCUAUGUGGAAUCUGGUUCCACCUCGCUCUCCACCAUUGAACAGGAUCUUCAGAAUAACUUAGUAUCAAUGAACCUGAGUCAUCUGAGUGCACUGCACACCAUCAAGAUACACAGUGCAACUGAUCUGAGUAAAACUGAAUGCAGCUCAGGGAAAGUCAUAACUCUGAAGUGCUUGGAAUGUGGCUCCAGGCCUCAGUUUAGCACUCGAAUAGUUGGGGGGAACCUGUCUCAAGAAGGCCAGUUUCCCUGGCAGGUGAGCCUGCACAUCCAGCACAAGCACCUUUGUGGAGGGUCGAUUGUAACAGCACGCUGGAUAUUAACAGCUGCCCACUGUGUAUAUGGCUUCUCUUUCCCCCAGCUCUGGAUGGUGCUGGUGGGACUAACAGAGCAGCCGGUCAAUGAGGCCGAGUAUCUCCCUGUGGAGAAGAUUAUUUAUCACAGCCGAUACCGGCCGCGACGCCUGGACUAUGACAUCGCUCUGCUGAAACUGGUGGAGCCGCUUACCUUCAACGGCUUUGUUGAACCCAUUUGUCUGCCCAACUUUGGCGAGGAGUUUGAGGACGGGAUGAUGUGCUGGAUUUCAGGCUGGGGGGCCACUAAGGAUGGGGGUGAAGCAAGCAUGUCCCUGCACUCUGCGCAAGUACCGCUCAUCUCUGCCAAGGUUUGCAGCCAGCCAGAGGUCUACCAGGGCUACAUCUCCCCCGGCAUGAUCUGUGCUGGAUAUCUGGAGGGAGGAACCGACUCUUGCCAGGGGGACAGCGGUGGGCCCCUGGGCUGUGAGGGCAACUCUGUGUGGAAGCUGGUGGGAGCCACAAGCUGGGGUCAGGGCUGCGCAGAGAGGAACAAACCUGGCGUGUACACGCGCAUUACGCAUGCCCUCACCUGGAUACAUCGGCAAAUGGAGGUUAGCACCACCUGGUGGCAAGAGCUUUGA